GAGGGAGAAGAGGACAGCAUGUGAUCUCCUGCUGCUCAUUUUUUCUUUCUGGGAAGAUACGAACUCGUCUUCUCCUCCACAGCCUUCCUCUCUUCAACAUUUCUUUUUUUUUUUUCAUCCCUCUCCCUCCGUCCUUUGCAUUUCCCUCCCUCUCUGUGUCUCUUUUCUCUGUCAUUCUCUCAGCGCUUCGUUCUAAUUUUGGAAGCAUGGAACCUCGGGGAGCGCUCUCCCAAAGCUAUUUACGUCCUAGCCUCUCCUCCUCCUCCUCCUCCUCUUCCUCCUCCUCCUCCUCUCCUCGUCUCUCCCUCUCGUCAUCAAGGAGGAGAACAGCAUGAGGAGCCUUUGAUGCACCCGAGCAGGGGAAUUCGGCUUCUCCUCGUCUCAAUAUUUUUUGAUGUGUUGUUGAGCUGCAGGACGUGGUGAGGAGGCUGCAGCAGCUCCAAAUUGAUCCCUUCCAUCUUUUCUCAUCUUAUGGACAAUGCAGAGUGUUAUGAGUGACAUGCACGGAGAAGAUUCUGAUCCUGCUUUUGCUUAAUUUGUUUGGUGAAGAUUCAGAGAGGGGUUUUCGUACACAAGAGGAAACAAACUUUCUGUCUGCAACAUUUGAGCUGCUGUCCUGCACGGACCAGCACCAGGUGAUAUCAACGACACUAACUAAACCAGAAAGUUGCAUUUAAACCAAUGCACAGCCUAGUUUUUUGCCAAAUUUGACUCUUAAAGCUGUUCAUCUCUUUGCUGCUUUAAUCCUAUCUUGGAGACGAACAGACGGAUCUGCAAGAGAGGGAAUAAGAGGAUAUUUUCACUGUCAUUAACUGUCAAACUGAAGAGCAGGAGACGGUGAAAGCUCAAGAAAAACUGAGAGUUUACCUGCAAAAAUCUGCACCCUGAUCGGGACACCUUUGUUGGAUUACAUAAUAGAAGCACGGAGGAGUUCUCUCAUGCAUUUUUGAUGGACUUCUUCUGGAUAUUUGUACAUUUGAAAACCCUGAAAACAGCAUUUAAGCUUCCAAUUUUGAAGGGACUAUUUUUCCACACAUGCCAGGAUGAUUUUUCCCAUGAUUCAACAUUUUUAAAAGCACACAUCAGUGUUUGUUUCCCCCCCUGCUCCUUGGCAAAUUGAAUCCUAAACUUGGCCACGAAAAAUGUCUUGGAAGAGGAACUGACGGCUGUUUUAGUGACAAAACAGAGAGCUGCCUCUUGUCUUGGCAUGCUGUUACAUCCUACCGUGUCAGGAUUGUGCGCCAUGUUGCAGACCAUCUAUGAGACUGAGUCGUGUUUUUCCUCCGCCAGCACAGACAGCCACCACCAGCCUCUGGAGCUCCUGAGUGACAGCAGGGGCUCCAGCAGCAACAUGCCCACCGCCGUAGUGGAGGUGAAGAGCAGCCUCCCGUCGGGCAUGCAGAGCCCCGUAGGAACAGUGAGCGAGCAGAGAGGAGGAGGAGGUGGUGAAGGCGGUGGGGGUCCAGGAGGAGGAGGAGGAGGAGGGGGGGGCCCAGUGGACCUGCGGACAGAGCCAAGGGGGGGUUCUCUGUCUGGGGGAGCCGGCGUGGACACAGCCCUCAGAGAGCAGCAGCUCCAGCAGGAACUGGUUCUCCUCAAACAGCAGCAGGAGCUCCAGAAACAGCUGCUGUUUGCAGAGUUUCAGAAAAAACACGAGGUGCUGACGAGACAACACGAAGUCCAGCUGCAGGAACACCUGAAGGUAGCCUGUCAGCAACAACAGGAGCUGUUAGCGGCGAAGCGUCAGCAGGAGCUCGAGCAGAAGAGGAAACUGGAGCAGCAAAGACACGAGGAGCAGGAGAAACAUCGACUGGAGCAACAACUGCUGCUGCUGAGGAACAAAGAGAAAGGCAAAGAGAGUGCCAUCGCCAGCACAGAGGUGAAGCUGAAGCUACAGGAGUUCCUCCUCAGUAAGAAAGAGCCGGGUCCGGGUGGACUGAACCAUUCCUUCUCCCCAAAGUGCUGGGGGGCACCGCACUCCUCCCUGGAGCAAGGCUCUCCUCCGCAGAGUGGAACUCCUCCCUCUUACAAACUGCCCCCCCUGCUGGGCAACUACGAGGGCAAGGACGACUUCCCGCUCCGCAAGACAGUCUCUGAGCCAAACCUGAAGGUGCGUUCACGGUUGAAGCAGAAGGUGGCGGAGAGGCGGAGCUCGCCACUCCUCCGCAGGAAAGACGGGACCGUUAUCAGCACCUUUAAGAAGAGAGCCAUAGAGAUAUCAGUGUCCUCUCUCUGUAAUAGCGCUCCAGGUUCGGGUCCCAGCAGUCCCAACAGUUCCAAUUCAGCCAUCGCCAACGGCAACACAGGAUCUGUCCCCAACAUACAGACAGAGCUGAGGUCUCUCCAUCAGACGCUGGGGGCUGAUGGGACAUUGAGUCCUCUGAAUCUCUACACCUCGCCGUCUUUGCCAAAUAUCUCCCUGGGACUCCCUGCGAACACACAUAUCACGGCCCCCCAGAAACUGUCCUCCCAGCAAGAGGCCGAGCGUCUAGCCAUCCAAUCACUGCGAGGGGGCGGAGCUCUGACGGGGAAGUUUCUCUCUACAUCUUCCCUACCUGCAGGGGUGGGACAUGAUGUGGAGACUCCGCCCCCCAGCUCUCAUUCCGCACAUUCCUCGUUACUGCAGCACGUGUUACUGCUGGAACAGGCCAGACAACAGACCGCCAUGUUAGCAGUCCCCAUGUACAGUCAGUCGCCCCUGGUUACGGCAGAAAGAGGCGUGUCCAGCGGCAUGCGGUCGGUCAACAAGCUGCCUCGCCAUCGGCCGUUGGCUCGGACCCAGAGCGCGCCUUUGCCGCAGUCCCCCCAGGCCCUUCAGCAGCUGGUGGUCCAACAGCAACACCAACACUUCCUGGAGAAACACUACAAGAUGCUAUCAAAGGGGACGGAGCUUCCCAGGCCGCCACCCACACAUCCAGAGGAGACGGAGGAGGAGCUAACAGAGACCAACGACAUGCAGGAGGACGACGGAGGGGCGAGCUUACACAGGCUUCAGAAGGAGGGAUCUGACGACAGCACGCACUCCUCCGAGCGACUUUGCGCACACAUAAAAGGCGAAGAGGAGCACGGGGAGGUGCACGUGAAAGGGGAGAGCACGGAGAGCGAGCUGGACGAGGAGGAAGAGGACGAUGACAUCAUCCAGCUGAGGGAGGGAGACGAGGAUGACAGGGGGAGCUACUCGCAGGCCUUGCAGCACCUGGGCGUGUUCCAGUCUUCGCUGCCCCACAGACCCCUGGGAAGAGCACAGUCCUCGCCUGCAGGCACAGUCCAUCCCGUCAAACACCUCUUCACUACUGGGCUCGUGUACGACAGUCUGAUGUUGAAGCAUCAGUGUGUGUGUGGCAACGCUCACAUCCACCCGGAGCAUGCUGGGAGAGUGCAAAGCAUCUGGUCCAGGCUGCAGGAGACGGGCCUGCUGGGCCGCUGCGAGAGGAUUCGUGGGCGUAAAGCGUCUCUGGAUGAGAUCCAGUCGGUCCAUUCAGAGUUUCACACUCUGCUGUAUGGAACGAGCCCGCUCAAUCGACACAAGCUGGACCACAAGAAGCUGCUGGGUCCAAUCAGCCAGAAGAUGUACGCCGUUCUUCCCUGUGGAGGAAUAGGGGUGGACAGCGACACCGUGUGGAAUGAGAUGCACUCAUCGGCCGCAGUCCGCAUGGCGGUCGGCUCGGUCAUCGAGCUGGCUUUCAGAGUGGCUGCAGGAGAGCUCAAAAACGGCUUUGCGGUGGUGCGUCCGCCUGGUCACCACGCUGAGGAGUCCACCGCCAUGGGAUUUUGUUUCUUUAACUCAGUAGCCAUCACUGCGAAGCUGCUGCAGCAGAAACUGGGAGUUGGGAAGAUCCUCAUCGUGGACUGGGACAUUCACCAUGGCAACGGAACCCAGCAGGCCUUCUACAGUGACCCCAACGUCCUCUACAUCUCUCUCCAUCGCUACGACGACGGGAACUUCUUCCCCGGCAGCGGAGCUCCUGAGGAGGUGGGAUCAGCUGCAGGUGUCGGUUUUAACGUGAACAUUGCUUGGACUGGAGGAGUGGAGCCACCUAUGGGUGAUGUGGAGUACCUCACAGCCUUUAGGAGUGUGGUGAUGCCCAUCGCUCAGCAGUUCAGUCCAGACGUGGUCCUGGUGUCUGCAGGCUUCGAUGCAGUGGAGGGUCAUCAGUCUCCUCUGGGCGGAUACAACGUCUCCGCUAAGUGUUUCGGUCAGCUAACGCAGCUCCUGAUGGGUCUGGCGGGGGGACGCGUUGUCAUGGCACUAGAGGGGGGUCAUGACCUCACCGCUAUCUGUGACGCUUCAGAGGCGUGUGUCUCUGCACUUCUGGGAGAACCGAGCGACUCCAUGGUUCAGUGGCCUCAGGAGAAGCCGUGUCCGAAAGCUUUCGCCUCCCUGGAGAGAGUAAUAGAGAUCCAGAGUACACACUGGCCUUGUCUGCAGAGUUUGUCUCAGACGAGCGGACACUCGCUAUUGGACAGCCCCCCUGAGGCUCGGGGCCAAUCAGAAGACGAGGCUGAAACCGUCAGCGCCAUGGCCUCCCUCAGUGUGGAUGUGGACCAGCCGAGCUCGAUUCCUGACAUCACAGAAACCAGCAGGUCAACAGAGGAGCCCAUGGAGGAAGAGCCUGUGUUGUAGGAGGACGGCACAAAAAAACUCUGCAUUCACCUCUUUGUGGCUCCUCCUCUUCCUUCUUCCUCUUCCUUUCCCUCUUCCUGCACACAGUGUGUGUAGGUGCACACACGCAGAUUGUAACUCUGCCGAUGUGGAGGACUCCGAUUGGCUGAGGAGAUCAGUAUGGAUGCGAGACAGAGAAGGCGGGGCCUGUGAAAAAAACAUGGGACAAAUCUCCUUUCUGCCGGUUCUUCGGGGCCCGAGGAGGAGCGGACGACUUGUUAGCAUCUCUGAGGAAACCAGAGGAGGAGAGGGCCAAGAGGAGACACGUCUUGUAUACUUUAUCUCCUGUACACAGCACCACUGAAUUAUUCCACAUCUGAUCACUCUUCUUUCGACUUUAUUCCUACUCCCCCCAUUUUUCCGCAGAGGGGUGAUGACUGUGGAGAACACUAAUUUGAAUCGGACACCGAGUGGACGUCUUGUCUUCUUGUCUGUCCCGCAGAGAGACAGGCUGAGCGACCCUGGGGUUGGCUAACACAGAAGGAAUAACUUAUUUUAAAAUGAGCUGAGGACGCGGAGGAACUAGGUGCCUUUUUGAAAAAAGGAAAAAAUAACAAACCAUCUAAUCAGAAACCACAAAACACCACAGCACCUCAGUGAACCAACCAGCCAAUCAGGACUGAAGAAACCCACCGAUGCGCACACACACACACACACACACAUAACACAUCACACACUGUUGUCGUUUCAUUUUUGAGUCUUUGUUUAUUCAUCUGGAUGCCUUAAUUUGUUCUUAUCUCACUAUUUAGGAACCUUGAGAGAGAGACACCAAGAGAAGGAAUCAUGAGAGCUGAGAUAGUUUUGUAUUUAGAAAUGUAUUCAAACUGCUAAGAAUUGUAUUUAUUGUUGAAUCUUACAACACUCAAAGCAGGUGUUUCCACACAGAGUGAGGAGAAGCCUCUGAAGCCAUCUUUACAUUUUCAAGUUAAAAGAAAAUCUCCAUAGAAUACUAAUAUUUAAUUCUUGAUAAUAUUCAGUCAAACUUUGAUGUGAUCUGGUGCGUGUCUCAGGACUCGGUCUGGUUUUUUGCAGUAUUCAUUGUUGGAGAUUUGUAAACCGCAUCACUUCAGACGACCACAUCUGUCACGCCUCUCCCUCACUUUACUUUGGUUGAGUGACCCCGAUGGGAUCCCGACGUCUUUAAGAGGGGGAUUGUGGGUCCCUUUUUUCUUUUCUUUUUUUUUUUUAGACUUUUUGGACUAUUUCCUGUUUGGUGUAAAUACUGUCCUCUGUCCUGUUGCCCAUGGUUACGUCACAGCAGACUCAUUGUGGCCACUUUUCUAUAUCUGUACAUAGUUACAUGUAUAAAAAACACAAAAUACUUUCUUUCUUUUGUAUAAAAAAGGUUAAAAAAAAUAUUCUAUAUAAAUAUAUAUAUACAUAUGUAAACAGUGUUUAUCCAACCAGAUUGGAUUCAUGAAUAUAUUCUAUUUGGAGGUCUGACGUUUUAAUGGUUUGGCUGAUUGACCGGAAGAAAGCACAUGGUCUGUUUGUUUACAGAUGUUCAGUAUGUCUGGAUGUUGUUGUUGUUGUUGUUGUUUUUUGGUAGUUGUUGUUCUUGAAGGUGGACAGCGAGCUCCAGUUCCUCUGGCAGGACCAGGCAAGCUGUGCUGCCCUCCACAGGCAAACAACAGCAACUGCGGAAUAGUGAAUAAAAAAAGGUCAAAGGUCAUGUAUUGGUAACAGGAUGGUCCAGUGAUGAUGUUUUGUUAGCUCGCAAAUUCAUAUUCUGAUCUUAAUCACCAGCUUUUAAAUGGACAUUUCAAUCACAUUUUUUUUUACCUAAACUAUGUGUUGCAACAGCAAAGUUGAAACUAUACAAUGUGGGUCUGUUAUUUUUCUUAGCCACUAAUAAGAAUGUUAACACUCAUGAAAACUAAAAACUGAUCUUUGUUUUCGCUCUAUGGCUGUAAAGUUUGCAGUUAUCAGUGAAUUCAAAAUGUAUAAAUAAACACAUUUUGGAGUUUUAAACUGACCUCAAAGAUAUCGGCUGAAUCUUCAUGUGAUUCGAAUCUUCAAAAACAUCUUUUUUAACAUUUCAUACAAAAAGAGAAUUAAGCUUAAGUUCUAAGCAUUUCAUAGUAAACAAGUGAGAAUCAGAACAAGACAGCUACAAGUCCCAAUCCUUAAAAAAUAUAUAUUUUGUCAUACAUAAUCUUUUGUUUACUCUGUGAACAACAGAUUUUUAAUCUUUAUCAAAACCGUUCCACAUGUUUAUCCUUUUGACAGAUAAACAAUUCUGCUCUACAUUUGUAUUUUUUUUUAAUACCUGUUCCUCUUAAGUUUUGAACAGCCUCAGAAUACAGAGGCCUUUUUGGACAAUUGAAGUUAUGCAUUUUAUUUGAAGUUGAACUUAAGCCAGUUGUUUUAAAACUUAACUUAAAAGCUUCAUAAUGGUUGAAAAGGGUUGCUGACCGGGGCUGAAGUUUGCUGACCUCUACGAGUCUCCUUUCUGUUCACUGUAACUCUUUUAUAGAGUUGUUUUCCAACCACCAAUGUUUGUUUCAAAGCAUCAAGCUUUUUGUUUUGUUAAUUAAAGCAUAAUCAACAUUUUAAAUCAAAAUGUUAUAACGUUCAGUGGGCUUUCCAUUAUCACAAAUUUCAUUGGAGGACCCAACGUUAUCUGGUGGAAAUAAAGCUUCAAAACUGGACCAUUCUGUUGUCCACUUUUAUGGACCAUAUUCAAAGAAACAGCCAUUUCCCUGUGAGGUCAAACUCCGAGUGGGAAGCUAACAUGCUGUCAUCACGUCUUAAUGCACUGUUCCUGAUUUAGAAAUCUCAAAAACAGUGGAACUAGAAAAAUUGGAAACUGGGGCAUAUUUUAAAGUUUGACUUCAAAUUUGAUAAUCGGUUAGCUACCAUUGGACAACCGCUAGGAGUCAUUCCACAGACUCCUAGCUUAAAUUUCAGCUGGAAGUUGCGCCUGAAAUUGAAUACUCCCAAUCCUCUCUGCUAACUGAAUCAUUUGCUUUGUUUUUAGGCUUUUCCGGUAUUAUUUUUUGACAAGCUAAAUCAAGUAAAGUCCUAAAUUCCUAGCUAACAGAGCUGUUAGUUAUCCAUCUCUUUGACAGGCCAAAUUGUUAGCGAAGCUUGCAAAUUAAGAAAUUGAAUGUGCAAACUCUCCUGAAGUUAACAGUAAUGUCUCUUCAGAUUUAUGCCUUUACUAUUAUGCUGUGUAAAACUUUAAAGGGUUAUUAGCUAAGAAUGCUAAUGUUUACUCUUUUGUAACUGUUGCUGUUUAUCAAAACAGUGACAUGAUGAGGUUCAGUUAGAUUCUCUACUGUUUUAUGGAAACUCAGCAGUUCAACAAAAUAAAAGUAUUUGUUCUUUC